UGGCGGAUCGCAGGUCGCGGGCUCUUUAUUGUGCAGUAUACCGUACCGCUAAUUCGUACGCGAAAUUGUAAAACGGAUUGUUCCACCGGCAAAUCGUGAUAACGAGAACGUUUUGCACGCCGCCGAUCUCGUCGUGCAAUUAUCACACAUGAGCAACGUCGCGACUCGAUCUCUCGCUGUGAUUAAUCUAACCAAGUAAGUUAGGUUAGGUUAGAUUUGUUGAUCGACGAUUAUUUCCCCGACUUGGGAUUCGAUUCGCGAAUAAACGUGGAAAGUAUGUCAAAUUGGCGGUCGAGUCACAGCGGCGUCGCCGAACGACGGGACACGCAUAAGAAUAACAGGGAGAACAGGCGCGACAGGAAUAAUGAGGCUCACAGAGACAGAUCGCAGAGGAGCAGGGACAGGGAUCACAGGGGUGGCAGACGCGAACACACCAGGAGGGACGACGAGAAGCAGGGGGACAAGAGGAAGCACGAGAGAUCGCCGCUGAGGCGGGAAAACAAUUAUCCCAGGCACCGGGAGCGCAACGAGAGGAGCAGGAGUAGGGACAGGAGGGACGAGUCCGGCAGGAGACGCAACGAUCAGCACAAGCAGAAGCGAAGCCCGGAGGAGACGAGGGCGAAGAGGGAAUCCUCGGCGGAAUGGGGCAAGGCGGCUGCGAAGGAGGAGAAGGAGAAGCCCAACUUCGAGCUGUCGGGUAAGUUGACGGAGGACAUGAACACCGUCAACGGAGUGGUUAUCAAGUACUCCGAGCCGGAGGACGCCAAGAAGCCCAAACGCCGAUGGCGAUUGUAUCCCUUCAAAGGCGAGAAGGCGCUACCCACGUUGUACAUACACCGGCAGUCGGCGUAUCUCAUGGGCAGGGAUCGCAAGGUGGCCGACAUACCCCUGGAUCAUCCCUCGUGCUCGAAGCAACACGCCGCUCUGCAGUAUCGUUUGAUCCCCUACCAAAAGGAGGGUGGCGUCGAGGGUAGAAGAAUACGGCCGUAUAUUAUCGACUUGGAGUCCGCAAACGGCACCUUUGUAAAUAAUGUAAAAUUGGAACCGAGGAGGUAUCAUGAAUUAUUGGAGAAGGACGUGGUACGGUUUGGCUUCAGCACCAGGGAAUACGUUCUGCUGCACGAGCACAGUAAGGAUGAUUCCUUCGACGAUGAUGUACCUCUUACAAAUGCGACUUAAGAGUAAUUUUACGAACUUAUUUCUAAUAGGGAAAAAAUCCAGAGAUGAAUACGUAUGAAGACUGACGCAGAAAUUAAGCUGUGAGAAGCGAGGUGUCUGUGCGAAGAGGAAAAGAUCCACUAUAUGUGUAGAUACAGUCUUAUUAAUAAUCGUUUGAAUUCUCCAAAUCGUUUUAAAUGCAUAUUAAUAUUAUUCACGUAUAAGAUAGUAAUUUUUGACAAUUUCCAAAAUAUACUUUGGAAAUCCGAGAUUUGUUUACCACAAAAAAAAAAGAGGAAUAGUGGUACUUCACUUUUCUUUUGUACAUUUUUCUGUGUUUCUUUGAUAUCUUAAUAGAGUUUGAAUUGUAUCGUGUGCAUGUAACUUGUAGGUUAUAAAAAAUAACUAAAACUCAUGUAUAUUAUUUGUAAUAUAUUAUUUACAAUUACUUGUAAUAUUCACUGAUUCAUAAUUUAUUUUGCUAUAUAAAGUUACUCGAAAAAAAAAAAAACAAAUUUGAUGUAUAGUCAGUCCAUCGACGCAAACUUCGCAAGAUUUUAUACAUUAUAAUUUAUCUUUUCGAUAAAAUUAAUAAAAUUACACAUAGACUUUCAUAUUGUUAAAACUACGCAGAAAACUUAACAAUUUCUUAUAUUAAGUUCCAUAUUUGCUAAUUGUCAUCAAACAUGAAAUUUGUACAAUGAACAGUGAAAAAUUUCACAGAUUUUAUUCAAAAAAUAUGUUAUUUAAAAUUAUAAUUAUAAAGUUAAGCUCCUCUCUAUAUAUUUAUUUCACAUUUAUCAUUCUAUAUCAACAUAUUAUUCCUAUUUAAUUCUAUUAAAUAACAGUUUCGCGAUUUAUUACUAAAGUUACAAAAUUUAUACGUUCCGAAACAAUCUGCCAUAUCUGCGUAACAAAUUUUUGAGUAUAAAAGAUCAUGUAUGUACAUUAAAAGGGCAGUUUAAAGCUAUUCUCAACUCCGCGCAUUCCUCUCUAUCUUCUUCACAUACGAAAUACUUGGGCAUUAAUGAUAAUAAGCAGAGCUUAAUGUAUGAGCGUACGUAGUUUGAUAUAUUUAAGGCACCGUAUUUUAGGAUAAAAAAGAAACAAAAAAUUUGAGCAAAA